AUGGAGGAACGUUUCCGCCAGGUCCUCCUUCAACAAGAAUAUGUCAUGUUAGAUUUAUUAGGCAAAGGCGGUUAUGCAGUAUGCUACAAAGUUAGAAGCUUAAAAUGGAAUACAAAUUUCGCUUGUAAAAUCGUAUUAAUGAAUAAUGAACAAAAGAAUGGUUCAAUAGAAUCUGUACAUGACGAAAUUAACGUUUUAGUACAUCUUUAUCAUGCAAAUUUAAUACAUUUAUACGAUAAUUUCAUAAUUGAUGGAUACGGAUAUAUGAUUAUUGAUUAUUGCCCCAACGGUUCAAUCAAAAAGUUUAAAAAGAAAGGCUCGCAAGUUACUCUCCCAUUACUCUCGUUAUUUUAUCAAGUUUUACAAGGUUUACAUUAUCUCCAUCAAAAUGGUUAUGCACACCACGAUAUCAAGAGUGCAAACAUACUUCUUGACGAAGAUAGAAGACCAAAACUCGCAGAUUUCGGAAUGUGCAAGCAUUAUGAUGAGGGAAAAUAUUGUCAUUCUUAUAGAGGCUCAAAACAAUUUGCAUGUCCAGAGAUACACCAGCAUUUACCAUAUGAUCCUUUUAAAGGAGACAUUUGGUCUUUGGGAAUUUGUUUUUUCGAAGUUAUUUUUCAUAAACUUCCAUGGCCUAAAAACAAGGAACUAUUACAAGCUUCGAUAAUUGAAGGCGGCCCAAUUAUCCCUCCUAAACUUCCCUUUAAUUUGUCAAAAUUAUUAAUGAGGAUGACCGCAAUGAACCCAGCGAGCCGUCCAACAGCUUUGCAAUGCAUGGAAUUUCUAGAUUAUGAAAGAGCUCAGGCUCACAUUCCUAAUUUAAUUCAGCGUAGACUUAAGUUUGCGAUUUGCAUACCUACAGAUAUUAAACGCGAAAAUAAUGUCUUAGGUUCAUCAAAAAAGAACAAAAUAUAA